AAAGCACAACUCGCGCAGGUGCUAGCCAUCCACACGCUCGCUCGCGCACGAGUGGCGGGAGCGGAAGCCAUGCCUCCCGUCCUCCUCCCGUCGGCACCGUCGCUGCAGCUACACUUCGCAGCUGCCGCCGCCUCGUCCUCUCGCCGCGCCACUGUCGCUGUGGCGUCUGCGGCGUCCAGGAGCUCGUCGUCGUCGGUCCCGUUCGACGCGGCCGCCUUCGAGGCCGAGCGCCUCCGUCUCGACGCCGACGCGCGGGCGUCCACCGCCGCUGGGGCGGACCCGAGAGCGUGGAAGUGGAGGAUUCGCAAGCGGGUGUGGGACGUCCUGGAGGCCGAGGGCGUCGCGCGCAACCCCCGCCCCGUCCACCACCGCAUCCCCAACUUCGACGGCGCCGCCGCAGCCGCCGAUUCGCUAGGGAGGCUGGACGUGUUUCAGAAUGCACAAUGCGUGAAGGUCAAUCCGGACUCCCCGCAGAAGCAAGUUCGGUUCCUAACACUCUCAGGUGAUAAGAAGCUGCUGACUCCGCAACCAAGACUCAGGACGGGAUUUUUCUCCAUUCUAGAAUCUCAGAUGAUCCCCGCUGGAUGCAUCCCUGAAGCAUGCACUUCUGUUGGUGCAGCCAAAUAUGGAAGGCCGAUAGGUCUAGAUGAAAGGAUUAAGGUGGAUCUCAUCGUGAUUGGGUCGGUUGCAGUUGAUCCAAGUACAGGAGCAAGACUAGGGAAGGGUGAGGGAUUUGCGGAGCUGGAAUAUGGGAUGCUUCGUUAUAUGGGAGCUAUAGAUGAUUCAACCAUGAUAGUAACAACUGUGCAUGACAAGCAAUUAGUGGAUGACAUUCCAGUUGAAAAGCUGCUAAUUCAUGAUGUACCGGUUGAUAUUAUCUGCACCCCAACUCAGGUCAUCUUAACAAAUACUGCAAUUCCAAAGCCACAAGGGAUUUACUGGGAAAAACUAUCUCCAGAAAAGUUGGGCCAAAUUCGAAUUCUCAGAGAGCUGAAGAGACGCAUAGAACAAGAGACGGGAACAAUACUUCCUUGUGGCCCUUCUGAGAAUCUACCGCCAACAGCUCAGCGAGGAAGAAGAAGAAGAGGGCGGUAACUAAUUAAGCAUGUGUAUCAUAAGUUCAUAACUGAUUCUGUUGAACACAGUGUUAUACAUACAAUUUUAGGGCAAAUUAAGAUAUGUUAACUAUUGCUUGGUUUAAA